AUGGCAAAGUUCGGAUUCCUGAAAACCGUCAUCCGACACCGUCCUGAGCCCUGCAAUAGUGUGAAGGCUACUAUUGACGCGCAUGAGGGAGACCUAGAUGCUGCUGAGGCUGCCUGCGCCGAGAAGCAAGUUGGUCUCAAGGAGGCUGACAUCAUCCCUCCCCUCCCCUCAUCCUCACGGCGCAAGCGGGCUCAGGACGAGGACGGCGCUCUCCUGGAAUCCCUCCAGAAGAGAGUGCAGGAGUCCGGCGAUAUCCUCAAAGGCCUCAGUCAUUUUCAAACUUAA